UUAACUUUGACUUUUUAGAGUUCGAGCCUCCACUGCCUCAACCAGCUUCUGAAUGUCAAAAAGCAGACUGUCUGUCUGAUGAAUUUGAGGACAACGGGAACUUUAGGCAACCUGGGCUGUCUAGACGAGACCACCUAUGAAAGACUGGCCGAGGAGACACUGGACUCCUUAGCAGAGUUUUUUGAAGACCUCGCAGACAAACCUUACACAUUUGAAGACUAUGAUGUCUCCUUUGGGAGUGGUGUUUUAACAAUUAAACUGGGCGGAGAUCUGGGAACCUACGUGAUCAACAAGCAGACCCCAAACAAGCAAAUCUGGUUAUCUUCUCCAUCCAGUGGACCCAAGCGUUACGACUGGACUGGAAAAAACUGGGUGUACUCUCACGACGGUGUAUCCCUCCACGAGCUACUGACCACGGAGCUAACUAAGGCCUUAAAAACCAAAGUGGACUUAUCUUCCCUGGCCUAUUCUGGAAAAGGCACCUGAUGCCCAGCCCAAUUCUAAAGACAUUAAAAGCUAUGAAGCCAAGACUCCAGCUUCAUUCUGCA